AUGGCCACCCUGAAUACUCUUGAGCUGGGCUCCGUCCUCGUAACAGGCGGCUGCGGCUUCUUGGGCAGUCACAUUGUCGAUCAGCUCCUCAAUUUUCCUUCCGAGGCCAACGCCAGCAGCAACAGUGACAGCACACAGGAUCGAAUGAUCCCAAGCCGGGUCCGCAAAACCAAUGGCGAGCCAGACACCCGCUUCGCCGUCCCUCCGCUCUCCAACCGCUACCCAACCUACAAAAACACUAAAGUUUCCGUCCUCGACUUGCGCACGGUGCACAACCGCUACCCCGGCGCAGAUUACUAUGAGGCUGACAUCAUGUCCGUCGAGCAGCUGCUCGAGGUGUUUCGGAAGGUGAAGCCGGAUGUUGUGAUCCAUACUGUCUCUCCGCCGCCAAUGCAGUCGAUGCCGGAAUUGUUGUAUCGCAUCAACGUGGAUGGGACGAGGAAUUUGCUGGAGGUUGCGGGGGGUUUGAAGGGUGAAUGGGGCGGCGUGUGUAAGGCAUUUGUGUAUACAAGCUCGUCGUCUGUGGUACAUGAUUGCCAUAGCGAUUUGAUUCGGGCGGAUGAGAAAUGGCCGUUGAUCACGGGGAAGUUGCAGUAUGAGUAUUACACAGAGACGAAGGCCCAAGCCGAAACUCUAGUCCUGAACUUCAACAAAGCCUCCCCAACAGGAAUGCUGACCACCGCCAUCCGGCCCGCCGGUAUCUACGGUGAGCGCGACACGACCCUCACCAAAGGCCUGACCGACCAUGCCCGCAAAUCCUCUCCAUUCGUCCUCCGAUUCCAGCUCGGCAACAAUGACAACCUUUUCGAUUUUACCUAUGCAGGCAACGUCGCUUACGGUCACAUGCUCGCAGCCCAAUACCUCCUGGCCACCUUUAAACGUCUAGAAUCCGGGGCCGCAUCACCGCUGGACCACGAACGCGUCGACGGAGAGGCGUUCAACAUCACCAACGACAGCCCCGUGUACUUCUGGGAUAUGGCGCGGAGCGUCUGGGCGCUGAUGGGCAAGAUAGUUGAACCUGAGAAGGCGAUUGCGCUGCCGGAAGGGGCUCUAACAGUUGUUGGGGGAUUGUUGGAGAUGAUGUUUGGGCUGUUUGGGAAAAAGCCGCGGAUGUCGAGGAGGGAGGUGCGGUUCUCGUGUAUGACGCGGUAUUAUUCGUGUGAGAAGGCGAAGAGGCGGCUUGGGUAUAUUCCUGUUGUACCGUUGGAGGAGGGCGUGGUUAGGUCUGUGGGGACGGUGUUGGAGAGGGAGCAGGCGUCUGAGUCGAAGAAGGAUUUGUAG